AUAGCCAAAGCGGCCGGUGUACAUUUGCAAAGCCUAGAAAAUAAGCAGAAGCAACAAAUUGAAGCCGCAGAUAUACGCGACAACGACGAUUUUCUCAACGAUAGACCUCAUGUGAUACCUAUGAAUUGUUUAGCGCGCGCGAAUCUCGUUUCGUCCUUGACUGUUGCUCGUUUUUGCGUUGGUCCUGGCUGGACUUGACAUACCAAAAGAGGCUGUGUGCAUCAUCGUCAUCAUCGUAAUCAUUGAGAAUCACGGCAGUCAUUGCGCUCCCGUGUUUCGAAGAUUCUUUGCGAGAAGGGCCGACGAGAAAAGCCAAGAACAGGAGAUACGUUCUGACCGUGCUAGUGGGAGGACACGUUUUUCACGCUCUCUGCUGCGGAAAAGCAGAAAAGUUGCCACUUUGCAAAAGUGCUGUUCUGAAAAGUUCCAACAGUGUGAUAUGUGGUGUAUUCCGUAGACGGAUCAGUGCUCUACUGGAGUUUGCAUAAAUUCAAAGUGGAGAAGUGCGCCAAUUGGUGAAAAAUGAUGCUGAAGAAAAAUAUCCUCUGCUGGUUGCUCCUGUCAGCCAUAUUGGUUAAAACGGCUUAUUGUGUGCCAACGGCAGCGGUAACCGAGGCGGACGAUGAUAACGACUCUGAGUGGGAUGAGGAUGACGAAUCAUCGGAGGCAGACGACGACGGGCGGAUCUACAAGAAUCCUCGGAAUUUGCCCUCGACCGAGUGUCCACGAGACGAGGAGCAAGCGACACUGCUGGGACAAAAAUGUCUGAGAAAAUGCUCCUCGGAUGAAGACUGCAAAAGCAAGAAGAAGAAAUGCCUGUGCGACGGAGCGUGUGGAAUGUCGUGUAUCAAGCCGGACCGAGAAUGUCCACCGGUAGACAAACCGUCCAUGGGGGACGUCAACGUGUCUGGCAAGCACUUUGGAUCACGUGCCGUUUACACAUGUCCGCAUGGGUACCACGUGGUUGGGCUACAGAGCCGUCUCUGCCAAGCGGAUGGAACCUGGGCUGGAAGUGAACCAAUUUGCAAGCAAAACAUCUACUGUCUUCAACCUCCUGUAAUUGAGCAUGCACGGCACUCGGCCCUUCCGGAACAGGCCACGUUUGACUUGGAUUCAACGGUUCAGUAUCACUGUCAUACGGGUUAUGCAACGGCAGGGUUUCCGAGGGCAAAGUGCUUAGCUGUAGAUGGACAAGCCAGUUGGUACGGACCGGAUAUUUCCUGUGAACCUCGUUCAUGUGGUCAACCAUCGGAUCCCAAUCACGGAUGGCACUCGGGUGAAAGUUACACCUUCGGUGGUAAGGUUACCUACCACUGCGGAGAAGGAUACGAAUUAGUUGGGAAAGCCGAAAGAUACUGUCAAGCGGACGGAUCGUGGACUCCGAAGGAACUGCCUACCUGUGUUUUGGUCACAUCUGUACAAUGUCCAUCGCCAGAGAAUCCGAAAAACGGCAAAGCCAUCUACACGAGUACAUCGUACAAUUCGGUUGUCAGCUAUGAGUGCCGCUACGGCUAUACACUGGUAGGCGAGAGUUCUCGGCGCUGUGGAGCUGAUAAACGAUGGACCGGAACUCUACCGGCGUGUAAAGAAAUUAACUGCGGCCACCCGGGAACUUUAUACAACGGAUGGCUGGAAAACAUAGAAAGUGGAACGGGGCUUGGAGCCAGCAUUAUUUUCCGAUGCCACCCUGAAAUGCUGCUGGUAGGAAAUACUUCAUCGGUAUGUCAGAUAGAUGGUAGAUGGCGUUAUCCGUUGCCUCAGUGUUUGGCUCCCUGUGUGGUCCCAUCUAUAUCUCAGGGUCAAGUUAUACCGAUCGAAUUCGAACUGGAUGUUAACAUGACAACGAUUAUACCGACAAGUGGAAGCAGCUCUAAAGUGAAACAUGGCACCGUUCUGGAAGUGAUCUGCGACGAACAUUACGAAUUUCCAUUUUCAUCGCUGUCGCCACCAACGUGUAACAACGGAACAUGGAGUGUCAUUCCACGUUGUGCACCCGCCAGAUGCAAGACUAUGCCGAAGCCUCCAAAGUUUGGAAUGGUUUUGGCACCAAAAACUGAACACGGCAUGCGUGCUAGGUUUAAAUGCAAAGACGGGUACACUCUAGUAGCUCCUGGAGGAAAAGAGCUAUCGAACCCUAAUGAUUAUGUUCUGAUAUGCUCUUUUGGAAACUGGACGGGGGAAACUCCGCAGUGUCAGGAAGUGUACUGUGCAUUUCCUGGAUAUAUUCCGAAUGGAAAAGUAUUGCUGGUAGGUAAUAUGGGUCUGUACGAUUAUCGACCCUAUGUGAGGAAGGUUAUCAAUAAUAAACAAAUUAUGUACGAAUGUGAUAAAGGAUAUGUUAUCGACACUGGUCCACCUGGUGCAACCUGUAUCGGUGGAAAAUGGAGUCCCAGAGAGCUUCCCACGUGCAUUCCAGGCCAGCACCCAAGACUGCGAUGGAACAGACGACGCCGUUCAAUCGAUCUAAGACUGCGAUUCAACAGAUCAAAUCAUCUCAAACAGCAUUAUCGGUUUUUAAAACGAAAGCUCGACGAGCACGACGCAUAUCACCAUCUGUAUCCUAUGGAAGCUCAUGGCAUAGCUAAACGCAGCGUUCUAGGAUAUAGAGGGCAAAUGGCUCAUAAGAGGCAUUAUAAUUUUGACGAUUUCCAACGAUUUAGAGCGAAAAGAAACGUGGAAGCCAAUCGCAAUGCAUUUUUGAAAAACGCAAUACAAACUUUUCCAAUUCGCCAACGACGUCAACUAUCGGAUGUCGAACACGCAUACAAUAAGUAUUAUGAGCGAAUAAGAGCCAAGUACCGAAACUACGUUCAAAAUUUGCUUGGCUAUAACAAAAUGCGUCCCUUGCAGGAAAUGCAAGUUCAGGAUGGGAAAUGGCAAACAACGGAUCCGGAAUCAAUUUCUAGAAACAGGGUUGCACAAAAUUCACGAACGGGAGCAAACGAUUUCGAAGAAGAACAUACGACAAAGCCUCCACGUUCACCGAAAUCUAAAGUAAACAAAUCACGAAUUAAAUCAAAAGCUCAGCCUCCGAUCGUUAUUCCGAAUAUUAAUGAAGAGUCCACCUACAAAUACGACUUCCAUGAUACUCCAGAGACCAACAUGUCGAAUAAUGUGGGAGAAAAUGACAUUUAUUCCAACUAUUUUCCUCCACCGCUAACCGGGCGAUCGCACACUAAUUGGCAAUUUGCCUCGGAGAUAACGCCGAAAGUUCAAAUUCGCUCAGACCCGUACAGCCUCUAUGCUACUUUAUCUCAUAACUUCACAUACACUGGUAGGAAACCAGCUUCAACUCCAGUACUGAUGCAAAACCUACAUUCACAAAUCAUUCGUCGUAAGCGUAACACCGUUGAAGUAUCGGUCUCAUCUGCUGAAGACACACGAAGAUCACAGAAAAAUAAUCGUAAAAAUGCUGGAGCCACUGCAAACCAGACUGACCCAACAGGAAUGGAUGGAGAUCCAACGAAGAAAAUCAAAUUUAAGGGACCAUGUGAGCCCUUGUCUAGCGAAGCGCAUGCCCAGCUGGAAAUUGUAAGACCCGGAAAGGAUCCAAAUGAAGCAUUCGGCCCUGGGACGAUCGUACGAAUGACAUGUAGCAAGGGAUAUGUAUCAAACAUGGCCAGCCCGAAUGCGACAUCCAAAUGCGUGAGAGGUCGCUGGAAACCAAUCAAACCUACUUGCAAUAUGAAACCCUGCUUUGCACCAUCGACCGAACACGGCAAGUACUACUCCAGUCAAAUCGACAUGGUUACGAUGGACGCUGCCAAACUGUCAACGGCAGCAGCUCUUACACCUAUGGAAACUAUCGAAAGUGCUCAGCAGAUUAUGUUUCAAUGCGACCAAGGCUACAAUACCCAAGGUCCAUCCAGCCUUCGUUGUUGGAAUGGAGAAUGGGCCGUUAGUUCUAUGCCGGAGUGUCUUCCAGCGCCAUGCGUUCUUCCGCCGAUUAUGCACGCCAUGUACCAAGGAGGCUACCGAGCUGGGCUAACAAUCGCCCACGGUAGUUCGGUGAUGAUACAGUGUGAGAGCGGAAUGGGCAAUGUGGCGCCUGUUCAGAUGGAUUGUGCCCUUGGAUCGCUCACUCCGGAAACCAUAAACUGUGGAUAUAUAGCUUCGGCAUCUGCUUCGCGUAAAUCCCGAGAUGAUGAUAGUAGUUCGAUAAUUGUGUUAGACGGAAGUAACGUAACGUCUUCGGAGGAUGAGAAUGAUGGCAGAGAUUGUGGGCCUCCGGGUAAGAUUCAUGGAUCAUUGGUGUACAAAAAUGGCGAACAAAUUGAUGACAGUGAGGAAGGAUUCCCAUCUGGAACGGAGAUUACGUUCGACUGUAUUGUGAGCAUAACAGGGGAACAAACCACCUGGAAGAUUAUCUGCGAAGAUGGGCAAUGGAUUGGACGGUCAAUGAAUUGCGACGACGAUGAUCCAUUAUACCACAGGAUUCCAUCGGCCAACGGUUCCUGUAUGUUCCGGAACAAUGAGCCGCAUGUGGUGAGCUUCUACAACGAUCUCGAGAUAAGAGAAGACAUAGUCGAGUUUCCACCGGCAACUACUAUCAUAUCCAGAUGUAUUGACAUCGGCAAAUACGCGAUGAUUGGGACCAGUGUUAGGACAUGCGUUCGAUCGGAAUGGACGGGACAGAAGCCAUCCUGUUUUGGGUUGAAUCAAGAAAAUGACUAUGCAAUGGAAAAGCCUCCCACGAUUUUGAUUCGUCACCAAAAUGGACCGAUAGCGCAAAGCAACGACGGGAAGCUCAUCGUUUACCCGGGAACGACCGUGCACCUGGAGUGUCUUUGGAUGCGACGCUUUGGCAAUCCGAAAUGGAACGUCAGCCAUGAUUACAGAAAGUAUCCGGAGGGUUGGAGCUCGGACGAGGGGCGGGAUCCACAGCUGGAAUACCGAAUCAGCAUCAUGCAUGCGGUGAAGGAUGAUUCUGGAAUUUUCACCUGUGUUACACCGGCUCGGCACACGCAUGCAGUGGAAGUGAUUGUUAAGCCGGUGCACUGCAACGAAAUCCAAGUCAGACGAGGCCUGUCUGCAAGCACAUCGGAGACGAUGAUGGGCAUCCGAGUGCUAUUUUCAUGUACUAACGGAAACGCACUGAUCGGUACACCGGAAAUUACUUGUCUGCCGAGUGGCAAUUGGAGCGCUCCUCUUCCUGUUUGUGAGAGCGUCGAAUGUGGCGAGGUUCCAAUUCAGGCCAACAAUAAUGGAUCGGCACCGAGAGUUGCUAUACUUUCUCGAGAGGUUGGAGGCCGCUCGGCAUUCUCCUGUCCACCGGGGUACGGAUUGCGAGGACCAAGUGAAGCAAUUUGCUUGCCAUCUGGAGAAUGGGGUGGCCCAUUUCCUACGUGCGUCGAGGUUCAGUGUUUCCAUCCGGGAGCUCCACAGAACGGAUACGCACAGGGAACGCCCCCUUACAGGGCUGGAGAUGUUGUGCAGUUUAAUUGCAACCCGGAGUACAUGAUGCAAGGUCAGCCCAUAAUUGCCUGUCAGGAUAACGGGCGAUGGUCGGGUGGACUUCCAAAGUGUGUACAAGCGUGCUCAUAUCCUGGCACGGCAAUCAGCGGCCGGAUGUCGUCAGUCAAGUUUUACUACUCAAUAGGCGAAAGCAUCACGUUCACCUGCGAUAACGGCCUGGAGCUUCGGGGAGCCAAGAUGCUCAAGUGUUUGAAAAAUGGCAAAUGGUCCAACGCCAUCCCUACCUGUGUCAACCCGGAUGCGGUAAACGUGCGAAGCGAUGCCAAAGGUAUCUUCAAGCGGGAAAAUUAACUCCCAAUCUAGAGUGGUUUCUAUUUCCCAGAAUGGUACCCUGGGGAGACAUACAUAUAUCAAUGAAACAAACCGACUACUUAGAAGAUAACCGUAGCCAUUCACGUAGGGUGGAUCAAUCAAAUU